AUGGCGGAGUCAUUAUUGGUCGGGGCCGAAGUAACGGGAGGGCUGAAGGCUCCAGCUCAACAGAACGGAGACGCAGGAAGCCUGAAGCCAGCUGGACCUGGGGUAGAAACGGCCCCAGAGAGUGGGGAGCAAACCCUGGCUGCAGGCUCGGGCCAAGGCAAGCGGAAGAAGCGGCGAGGCGCUACUGGGGAGCGUAUCGUGCCACCCCCGAAGAAACGGCGGGCCGGGGUGAGCUUCAGUGACGAGCACUUUGCUGAGACCAACUAUUACUUCGAGGGUGGGCUGCGCAAGGUGCGGCCCUAUUACUUCGAUUUCCAGACCUACUGCAAAGGUCGCUGGGUGGGCCACAGCUUGUUGCACAUCUUCAACACCGAGUUCCGAGCCCAGCCAUUUACCUACUAUGAGGCCGCGGUCCGAGCGGGACGCCUGCACCUCAACGAUGAGAGGGUCCAGGACCUCAACAUCAUACUCAAGGACAAUGACUUCUUGCGGAACACAGUGCACAGGCAUGAACCACCAGUCACAGCAGAGCCUAUCCGCCUACUAGCAGAGAAUGAAGAUGUGGUAGUUGUGGAUAAGCCUUCCUCCAUUCCUGUCCACCCCUGUGGCCGCUUUCGACAUAAUACGGUCAUCUUCAUCCUUGGCAAAGAGCACCAACUCAAAGAACUACACCCAUUGCAUCGACUUGACCGCCUUACCUCAGGGGUGCUUAUGUUUGCUAAGACAGCUGCUGUUUCUGAAAGAAUCCAUGAGCAGGUCCGGGACCGGCAGCUAGAGAAGGAGUAUGUGUGCCGGGUGGCAGGGGAAUUCCCUGCUGAGGAAGUGACCUGCAAGGAACCCAUCCUGGUGGUAUCUUACAAGGUGGGGGUGUGCCGUGUAGAUCCCCAGGGCAAACCCUGUGAGACUGUGUUUCAGAGGCUGAACUACAAUGGCCAUUCCAGUGUGGUGCGGUGUCGGCCACUCACAGGGCGCACGCACCAGAUCCGAGUCCACCUCCAGUUUCUGGGCCACCCCAUCCUCAAUGACCCUAUCUACAACUCGCUUGCAUGGGGUUCCUCUCGUGGCCGCGGCGGCCACAUUCCCAAGACAGACGAGGAACUGCUACGAGACCUGGUAGCAGAACACCAGGCCAAACAGAGCUUGGAAGUGCUAGAGCUCUGUGAGGGCAACCUGCCCUCGGCACUCACAGAGUCCAUGGCCCCUGCCUUAGAACGGGACAAGGACAGCCUGGAAGAAUUAACUACAGCUGCUCAGAAAAGGAAUAGUGGACUUGAGGCGGCCCCUCAGGAUCUGGACACAUUGACCUUGGCACCAGGGAAUGCAGCUGAAGUUGGUGUUGUGAAUCAGGAGACAGACCCUCUCUGUGCAGAGUGCCGAUUGGUGCGGCAGGACCCCUUACCUCAAGACCUUGUGAUGUUCCUGCAUGCCCUGCGCUAUAAAGGGCCAGACUUUGAAUACACUUCACCUAUGCCCACCUGGGCACAGGAUGACUGGCAAGAAGACUGAGAGCUAUGACCAAUGAGGAAUUGCUUUUUUGGGUUGGG